AGUUCACUUGAACAGCUGUGAGCGAUCGACGUUGGUCGGGAAGCAAUCACAAUCGAAACCACACUCACACACACCAAAUACACACACCCACACGGAUACAGCAGAGCCAUAUAUAUGUAUGUAUGUGCAAGGCAUAUAUGCAUAAUUACAUACAGCGCAGUACAUGGGGCUGCAUAAGAAACAAGUACAACAAAAUCACAAAUACACAAAUGUACAACAAAAUAAAAACGUAAAAUCUUUUGCGUAGUUUAUUCGCUCGCGUCGCGCUCGUUUCUUCACUUACUCCACUCCAGCCGUCAAUUUCGAUUCCACUUCCAAUCCAAACCCAACUCGCAUUCGUAUCUCAUCGCUUCGGUUUCGUUGCGCUGCGCCGAGAGUUUCGUUUUCAGUGCUUCUUCAGUUCACAGUUCAGUUCAGUUCAGUUCGGUGUGGAUUCAGUUGGAUUCGAAUCGAUGUUUAGUGUAGAUUGGCCAGGACACGGAGAACAAAUAAGUCCCUCAUCGCGCGGCGUGCAAAACCAUCCGAACUAACUAAGUCUAGCCAAGUCUAGUAGCUAGAAACUAGAAACAAGAAAGCUACAUACAUAUGUGCGUAAACCGUGGAUGCCACAGAGCUGAGAUACAUUUAACCAAGCGAUCUCGCUUAUUGUCGAGUGAUAACACUAAGAUUGGGCAGAAACAUUCGGAACCAGCUGGAGUUCAAACAUUAUCAAAACAUUUGUGUUUCAAAAUCAACACACUUAAAGCAAACAAACACAGUCGAAAGCGCGAGUGCUGCAGUAUUAGUGGUGACCACACACAGAUACACACAUGCACACGACCAUAUCGUUACAUACGUGUGUAACUCUCUGCACAUAAAUGCGAGCCAAUCUAUUUAAUUCAGUUUCAGUGCAUUUAUAAAUUAAUAAAAUUUACCAAGUGCGAGAGUGAGGGAGCGACACGCACACCUAUGCACGCUCAUUACACGGACGAGGCGAACGUGAGUCUUGGAAUAUUGCAAACAACACCAACAACAACAAGAACAACAACAAAACCAAAAGCGAAACAGCAAAAAAUAAAUAAAUAACGAGGAACCAGUUUCACCUUGAGGAGCAAUACCUAGUGCACACUCACACUCGCACUCGCAUUCACACAAAUGAAACAGCCCGAUCUUACUCUUACUGCGAGUACGGACACAUAGUGCACAUAUAGUGCAUAUAGUGCACAGCACAGAGCACAGAGUAGACAUAGUGACCACCACAUAAUUUCGUGAUAAAGCCACAGAGAAUCGGAGCGCUCCGCCUUAUCGGCAACCCACUGCCACUGGUCCGGCUACUAUGCUCCAGCGGGGAUCGGGACAUCAUCGCUGGGAUAGAGACACAGUGGACACCAGAACUGGGAUGCAGUUGCAGCGGCCCCAAACGCAUUGAAAGAUGAUAGCUAAGCCCAACCAGGCCACCACCGAACCACCAUUAAGCUUGCGCCCCGGAACAGUGCCAACGGUUCCAGCAACCACCCCAGCCAGACCAGCGACCAUCACCAUCCAGCGAAGGCAUCCAGCCCCGAAAGCGGAUUCCACACCCCACACUUUGCCACCGUUCUCGCCUUCGCCUUCGCCAGCGUCGUCGCCUUCGCCAGCGCCAGCGCAAACGCCUGGAGCACAAAAAACACAAAGCCAGGCAGCUAUUACUCAUCCAGCGGCUGUGGCUUCGCCUUCCGCGCCUGUUGCUGCAGCUGCACCGAAGACCCCCAAGACCCCGGAACCCCGGAGUACCCACACCCACACUCACACUCACAGCCAGCACUUCAGCCCCCCUCCACGCGAAUCCGAAAUGGACGGCGAAAGAUCUCCGAGCCACAGCGGCCAUGAAAUGACACUGAGCAUGGACGGCAUCGAUUCCAGCCUGGUGUUCGGAUCUGCACGGGUUCCUGUCAACUCCAGCACCCCGUACUCGGAUGCGACUCGAACCAAGAAACAUUCGCCCGGCCAUAUCAAGCGACCCAUGAACGCCUUCAUGGUUUGGAGCCAGAUGGAGCGGCGCAAGAUCUGCGAGCGGACCCCCGACCUGCACAACGCCGAGAUCUCCAAGGAGCUGGGCCGCCGCUGGCAGCUGCUCAGCAAGGACGAUAAGCAGCCGUACAUAAUCGAGGCGGAGAAGCUGCGCAAGCUGCACAUGAUCGAGUAUCCGAACUACAAGUACAGGCCGCAAAAGAAGCAGACGCGCUCCCCGGGAUCGCUGAAGCCCAACCAGGACGCGGACGGCUGCGAAGCCAGAAAUGACACGACCAACAACAACAACUCACUGACCACACUUGCAAUUAAUGGAACCACCACUGCCGGCCGCAAAAGCAAAAGAUCUACCUCUACAUGUCAAUCGGGUUCCGCUUCGAAACGAUUGAGGAACGACUCGGGUGAUACCUCCUCCAAGCCUAAGUACGAAGUUAAGAUGGAGUCUGCUGAGCAGCUCAACUCCGCCGAUAUUAUACUACCCUCAGCCGAUAAUCUGAUAAGCUACCAAUCGUCUGAAUACUUACCUCUAAGCACGCUCAGCAACGCCGACUGCGACGAGAAGCUGCACUCUGAGCUGAGCUCGGGUCCGCUGGAGUCGCGGGAGAACCUGUCGGAGGUGGUCAACCGCUUCCUGCCGCUCUUCCUCGGCGGCAACGAGGACUCCCAGCUGGGGGUCAGCUCCCUGACGCAGAGCCAACACAACCAGUCGGAUCCCACCGCAGGACUGAUGGACAACAUCUCCGACAUCAGCCCCAUCAACGACCGCGAGGAGCUGACCGAGGAGGUGAUGCGCUACCUGCCCUACCUGGAGGUGAAUCCAUCGAGCGACGGGCUCACCCUUAAGGUGGAGUCGUCCAGCCUGCUGGGAAAACCGCUAAACGAGCCCGUCUUCGACUCCGAAGACAACAUUGUGAACGACGCCAACUUGCACUCGGCCAGCCAUCAAAUACCUCCAUAUGUGCCUGACAGCCACGACUGCUUCGCGGAGGACUGCGGCGGCGACAGCUCCUCGCACCAGGUGGAAUUCGAGGUGGUGCGGCCCCAGACGGUGACCAUGACCAUGACCUGCACGCUGCCCUACGGCGGACCGGACGCUGGGCACACCACAUUCCAGGCCGACGACUUCAACGCGAUCCCGUCGGCCGCCGAGGACAGCGAAUGCAGCAUUCUGACCACCUCCAACUCGCCGCAGAUUGGCUUCAACGGGAGCAGCUUCGUGGAGGCGGACGCCAUCGGGAGCACUUGUACAUACGCGCAACAAGACUACACCGGAAGUGUAAUUGAAACACACAAUGAUCUCAACUACGCCGCACACGAUAACAACGGAGCUCUGCUAGCCUACACAUUUGAGGACUUGCCGCCUCAGCCAACCGGUAGUCAUUUAGAGUUUAACACUAACAAAUACGAGUUUGCAAGUUAUUAUAAAAUGUGAGAGAUAUUUAAGUUUGUGUAAUUUAUAACUAAUCUAAUUGUACGUUUAUAAUUUUACACCAAAUUAUAUAUUAAAUAUGUAUAUGUAUGCAGAUAAUACCAUAUAUUCCAUAAAUUCUAUAUACAUACAAAAAACGCGAGAAUAAAUGCUUUGCAUUG